GGUCCGCCGUCACUUGUGCGCACGGUGUUUUUCUCAACGGAGUUGAACCUCGAUUUCUACGCACAAACUCCACGCAGGAUAGCGAGCAAGGCACUCUGGGUAGAAGAAAGGCGACCAGUGCGUGUUGAAUUGAUCAAAAUGGGCACCAGAUUAUAUAUUGGCAGACUAUCUAACCACGCACGAGAAAAGGACGUUGAGCGUUUCUUCAGAAACUAUGGCAGAAUCCGAGAUGUUAUGUUGAAAAAUGGCUAUGGCUUCGUGGAAUUUGAAGAUUACAGAGAUGCUGAUGAUGCUGUAUACGAAUUAAAUGGCAAAGAAUUGUGUGGCGAAAGGUGUAUUGUAGAGCACGCUCGAGGACCAAGAGGGGAUUCCUUCAGAGAUCGGGAUCGUGGAUAUCCCCCACGUCGUAGGGGUGGUGGCGGUGGUGGCAGAGACAGUCGCUAUGGACCACCUACACAUACAGAGUACAGGUUGAUCAUUGAGAAUCUCUCAUCAAGGGUUAGCUGGCAGGACCUUAAGGACUACAUGCGUCAGGCGGGUGAAGUUACGUUUGCUGAUGCACACAAGAAGCACAAGAAUGAAGGAAUAGUGGAGUUUGCUACAUACUCAGACAUGAAGAAUGCUAUGGAGAAGCUAGACAACACUGAAAUCAAUGGAAGGAAGAUCCGUGUAGUGGAAGACAAACCCAAGAGACGUGGCCGUUCAUACUCCAAAAGUCGUAGCAGGAGCCGAAGCCGUUCCCGUUCCAGAUCCCGAAGAAGCCGAUCAAGGAGUCGCUCCAGAAGCAGAAGCCGCAGUCGAAGCAGGAGUCCCAGUCGUAGCAGAUCAAGGAGUAGGAGUGAAUCCCGUUCCAAGAAGGUUGACAAAGAUAAUCGUGAUUCUGCCAGCCCGAGCAAGGUCAGGUCUAGGUCCAGGUCCCGUUCCAGGUCCAAGUCCCCUGACAAGAGGGAUGCAUCACCAACCAGCAAUGGGGAUGACCGAAAGGAUGAUGACAAGGAUGACUGAUCUACACUGAGAACUUAAAUCUGCUAGUAUGAACUGUGAUCACGAUAGCGUGCAUGGAUUGUAAAUAAUCAGAGAAUUGUAUUUGACAAUUGUGCUGAUGGCUGUGCAUAUAUUUCAACAUCUAACCUUUUUUACCAGACAGAUCCAGGUGACAUCACUUGUUUGACUUGCAUUCAUAAUCAGCAGUUUUAAUUUGUCGUGUACAUGUGAAAAUGAACUGUUAUCAUGUAAAUAAUGUGUUGUCCUUCCCAAACUGUACAUGAAUACCAAAUGAAACUUGCGAAUUUUGCGAAUGCAUUUUUCACUUUUCUGCAAUUCACAUGGGACAGCUUAGCUGGUCAUUUUUGGAACUAUCAUCUUAUUUGUCACCCUAAUACAGAAUCACAUUUCAUAUUUGACCUAAUGCAGACACAUUGUGUUUCCUGAUUAUAAACAAUCCUGCCAUUUCCAACUUGUGAAUGUCUGCAUGCUACGGUUCAAUGGUUUUUGAGAUGUGGGAUGGAAAACAUCUUCCCAAAGUUUUUGAAGCACAGGAAGGUGAAGGGCAGUGCUACAGAUGAUAUGAUUGUGUUCACAUUAAAAUUGUCCAAGUCAUCAGUUUAUUAUUUGAGAAAAUUGUGUAAUUAUUGUGAAGUGUUUUAACAUAUGUCUCAUUUGGUCAUGCAUUUCAUCAUUUCACUUUUAUGUCAUCCAUUUUGUUGACUUAUUUUAUGUGUAGAUAUUAAACUAUGAUCUUGGAAAUA